CUAUAGCCGUGUUUCAGAAUAAUGUAACGUCGAAUUUGUUAUUGCUCGUAGCAAACACCACAACCCGAUUCUAUCACGGUCUUUGAUUCUAUUAUUUCUAUGAUUCCACUGUUAACCAAACCAAACCUGCAUCGUGGUUCCAUCAUUGUGGUCUGUACCAACCACGGAUAUAGAUACUAGUAUCUAUAUCCGUGGUUGGUACCAACCUGUCCGGUGGUCGUGUAUCGUAAAAUAUACCACCUUUUUACUAUUGUUAUCAUCACGGUUUAGUUAUGUGAAUGUUUAAAAUUUUAUAUUUUAUAUUUUUUUAAAGAUUUUAACAUUAAAAUAAAACCUAUAAUAUACUAAGAAACAAGUUAACAAAUUUUAAAUAAAAUAAAAAGUAAUAAUAACUAAUUAGUUAUUACAUUUUUCUGUACUUCGUAGUAUUGGUCCGGUUCCGGUGUUUUACUAUUUCAUUAGUUACCACGCUACAAUGAAUCAUAAAAGUAGUUCUUUUUAACGAAAUUCUCCGUUUUUGUCCCCACACUGUCCAAACACAUUAUAUAAAAUGGAAACGAGCGGAGCAAAAAAUAUUUCAGAUAAUGCUAAAAGCAAUAUCCAAAAUGCUGUAAACAAAAUCGAACCAAAACAGCAAUCAGAGGAAAAAGAAAAACUUGUUCAAGAACUAACAGAUAUGGGCUUUUCCAAAUCUCUAGUGCUACAAAUUGUAGAUAAUGCUGGUGAUGUACCUAAGAACUUAAUUGUUGAACAACUGUUGACUACAAGCUCAGAGCCUAGUGAAAUUAUACCUGUAGUAGAUGAUGACGGGGAUAAAUUAUGGGAAGAUGUUACUAUUGCAAAUAAAAUGGUUAUCGUCAUAAACAGUGGCUUAAACAUGAGCAUUGGGAAAACUGCUUCACAAGCUGCACAUGCUGCAUUGGGCUUGUAUGAAGUGAUGAAAGAACGUGCAGAUCUAAGCUAUGAUUUAAUUACUUGGAAUGAACAAGGAAGUCGAAAAAUUGUUGUUGCUGCAAAGAACACUAAUGAACUUAUUAAAGUGUGUUCCGAAGGAAAAAUACACAAAAUUCCAUUUUUCUGUGUCCAUGAUGCAGGUCUGACUGAAGUGGAACCUAACUCAUUCACUGCAUUGGCUUUUUUUGGAUCAGAUCAAGAACUUAAGCCUGUGACCGGAAAACUUAGACUGCUAAAAUGAAUAAAAUAUAUCUGUUUUGGAAAACAUUUAAUGCGUUUAUUGGUUAUAUUUGAUAACUUACAACUAAUUUUUUUAGUUAUACAUCUAUGAAUGUGCUACAUGUAAACACAAUAUUGUAUUCAGUUAAAAGUGAAUAAAAUUGCAAGUAAUCUGAUGAUAUAA